AUGGAAUCAGUGGUUCAUAUGCUCGUUACUUGCCCUUAUGCAACGGAGGUAUGGAAUCUGGCACCGAUAGCUUCAAUCAUCGACCCAAAUUGUGUCUCAUCCACAAGCUCUGACCUUGAACAGCUCCGAAGAGUCCCAUCUCUCCCACCGGUGGGAUUAGGCCAGGAAUCAAUUGAUCUUCCAAAAAGGACCUUCACUCUGGUAGAGCCGAUCACAAAAGCGACAAAAGAAACUAGAGAGUGGACACAAACCCAAGAUCCCCCACCGAAACUCCAAAUCGUAAGACCUAGCAUCAACCAAGAUCCUAAUCUAGACUCAGAUUAG